UGGCGUGUGGUGAUGGCAUCUUACAGUGACAGCAUGCAGAAUAUAAACCUCGCGCUCACUCAAAUGUUCACGGAGAAAUUCAUACACACUCAUCUAACAACUCUGCAAACUCUGACGAAAGCGUUACGAGAUGAGCAGUUCAGAGCCAGUGUUGAGCAGGAUUUUAUUGGAAACCUCUUUGCCGUGCUGUCAAGACUCUCUGUGGAUAUUCAGCACUUGAGUGAUGGGGAAGAUCUACUGGAGAAAGAUGUGUCAUUGUGCCUUAAACUCACUGCAGAGUGUUUCAGAGCGCACAGGAAUGCCUGUGUUCAGUGCACUCAAAAUCAGUGCAGCCUGAGAGAUCUUGGCUCCAUCAAGGUAUCUUUUGAGAUUUUAGGCAAACUCCUGAAGCUUUCAGCGGGAAGCUCAAAUGACAUUUAUGAUGCACUUCGAUGUGGUAUUCAGUUUCUUGGUAACAUUGCUGUUGGAAACCAGCUCUGCAAAGAUGACAUCUGGGAGCUUGGUUUUCCGUACGUCUUUUGGGACCUUUUGGAGCUCCAAGAUGAGAAAGCUGUUUCAUACACAUGUAUGGUAUUCCACACUUGUCUAGAUAAAUUCAAGACAGAGCAGUUAGCUAAAGAUGGACAACAGCUCAAAGUGUCCCUUAAGAUCAUGGACUUGUGCAGGACCUUCCCUGAUGUGGACUGGACGGUUUUGAUUGCCACACAACAUUUUCUCAAGUCAUCAGAGCUCAUUGGGAAGAUGUACACAGAGAUGACAAAUGAAGAAAGACUCACACUACUGGAGUUAAUAUUCGCACAGCUUGGUGUUGGCGAGGAGGAGAAGGAAUAUUUAAUACCUUUGAGUGCAGCUCAGUUCCUGGCCUCCUGCUUCAACAUUCACUGCCGAGCCGUUCUCAAUCUGAGCUCUCAAUCCUCAGCCGACGACCAGGCGGCAAUGGUUGUUAUCAGGCUUUUGGACAUCCUUUGUGAGAUGACCUCUGGCCGCAAGAAGUUUAUGGCCCUACAAGAUCACUCUGACCUUUUGAACUCAACAGUCGAUCUCUUGAAAGAGGUCCAUUUACUGGGCAAAACAAGUAAAAAUGUGUUUACUGUGGCGCACGAUUUCUCCUUGACAAGGCCAGGGGGCGCCGACACCCACCCUGCCCUCAGUUUCAAAGCUCAUCUCAUCCGACUCAUUGGAAACCUGUGUCAUGGCCACAUUGUCAACCAGGACAAGGUGAGAGAACUGGACGGAAUUGCUCUCAUUCUGGACAACUGCAGCAUCGACAGCAAUAAUCCUUUUAUAAGCCAGUGGGCUGUGUUUGCAAUUCAUAUCCUUCUGGAACACAACCCUGAGAAUCAGAAGUUGAUACAAGGCCUUCGGAGACAAGGUGUGACAGAUGACACAAUGCUCAGAGAGAUGGGCUUCAGAAUGGAAGAACGGGAUGGCAGUCUACUCCUCAGGCCCUUACAGAAGGACCCAUAGCUGAAUAAGUAGAGCUUGCAGCCACCUAUCCCAGGAUCCCCCAUACCAGUUUAGUUUGCUAUAUUAAACUGGAGAUGGCUUCAAACGCCCACAGAACACACUGGGGCCAUUAAAUAUCCAAUCAGUAGUUGGGAGCACAAGGGGGUGGUCUGUGCUUUUGUGUUCUGCACACAAGAGGAAAUCAAUCAGAGGAGCUUAUAUUGGUGGACUCAUGCUGAUGUAUGUGAUGCAUUUCGUUUUCUUUGAUUCCAACCCCCCCCAAGUCGGAUUUAAAUCCUAUGAAACAAGGAGAACCGUGUCUUCCUAGAUUUUCAGCCACUAAAGAGACUCUGGUGACCAACAGGGAGUAGAGGUUAAUCCUUAAUCCAGUGCGUUUUAUAGAGACCAGGCUGACCUCUUGAUCUGUUCGCAUAAAGUUUAAGGCUCAAUAGCUGUGAGAGUAAGCUCUGCAAAUUUGGGUUUGUUUACUAGGUAUGUGUCCCUAUGGGUGACUAGUUGUCCAACAACCAAUUACUUAAGUGAGAUCAACUAGUUUAUCUAGAAUUUACCAACUUUGUAUGUAUUUAUUUGUAUUUUUUUAGCUUUUGAAGUUGAAAGCUUGUUUGCAAUGUAAAGCCUUUGUUGUGUCUUAAAAUACAUCCCUUGAAAAUCACUGCUGCUGUUGCCAUACAUAGAAGCUAAAGUUUUAAAGACAUAUCUUGAGACCCCUGCAUUCUGAUUGGCUCUGUUUUUGACUGGAAAAAUCAGAUUUAUUUAAACGGCCCCUUAAUAAUGCAUCCAAAUGGGGUCAGGUGAACUUGAAAAUGGCCUAAUUAUACAGGGCUUCCCUAACAGCAAACUGUCAAUAGUGGUUCAGGUAACCGGCCAACUAGUUGAUUUUGAAAAUGUGUUAUUUUGCACAUCUCUAUUGUUUACAGAGCAUGUAUCUUGUUAAAUGGAGAUCAAUGCAUAGAUAACAAGGCUUUCUUAUUGAUUGUGAUGCUUAACCUGAUUGCUUUGCUUGCUGUCAGACACUAUCUACAUAGCAACUAAGCACAGCAACCUCUCCAAGACUGACCCAACUAUCUAUCUCUCUAACUAUCCCACACCACCUCUUUUGCACUCAUACCCCUCUAGUUCUGGGGUUAGGUUGUCCCAAGUGAAUCAGACCAGAAGUAUUAGCUUGCAGAAUCACAUCUCACCCCAUCCUAUCGUGGAAUGAGCUGAGUGGUCCACACCUCCUCCCCCAUCCACCCCCUAUUCCAUUAAUACCCCUCUUUGGAGGCCUCUACUCUCCCCACCACACCCUGUUUUCUCUGCCUCAUAUUUUUUAAUGACAAAAUGUUUGUGUGAAACAAUCAGGGUUGACUUUUCUCUCAAUCCACGGUAUAGUGUAGGGAGCUUACGUGGUUCCGGUACCCAACAGUUCAGACGGCUAACAAAACAGGUCCCACUUACUUCUGCUCCAGUGGCUGCCUGCAAUGCUUUUCACACACAGGAAAAAGACUAGAGGGCCAGAGAGCGGACGGCGGGUGAAUGAAUGAGGCAGGUUGGAUGCCUAUUCAAACGCAGGCAGGAGCAGCUCUGCGUAACUCCGAGAUCAGUGUUUCACAAUAUCUACAGCCACAACUGUGAGCUGGUCAGUACAUCUGGGAAGACAUUUAGCACAGCUUUGAUAAGGCCAAAGGAAAUGAUAUUUUAAGUGAGAUCAAUUCUUGACGCACCUGUACUAUUGUGUUAUUUGUGUCACCUGUAUUCCUGGGACUAUCUGCAACUUUAAUUAAAAGGAUACCCACAUUUUUGCUCCCAAAAUGAAUAUUCUCUCUGUAUUUACUCACCCUCACUGUUUCAAUCCCGGAUGACUUUCUUUCUUCCGGAAAUGUUGUUAGCCUCAGUCACCAUUCACUUUCAUCUUUUUGCUAUACAAUAAAAGUGAAUGGGGACUGAGGCUGUCAUUCUUCCUAACAUAUCUU